CAUCAUCCAUCCAUCACCGCUCCCAUCCAAUCAGCUGCGGCCUGAAGGAACCUGGUGCGCAGUCCAAUUGUUUUUCCUCUCCUAUCCUUGGAUACCUAGAGCAGAGAGAAACAGAGAGGGAGCUCAGGUUUUAGCCUCUUCUCCGUCAUGGAGAACACCCGCUGCUUCGCCAACCGCUUCUCCGACUACAGAGGCGCGCUGCUGCCGGGCCAGGGCGCGGAGGCCGUCAUCCCAGCAGUCGUUGCCAAAAUUGAAAGAAUCUUAAAAAAGGUUCCCAUCGACAUCAACGACUGCGAUGGGGGGCUGUACGACGGGCCGGCUGGAGUGGCUUACAUGCUGUAUCACGUCAGCGAGUGUCCUCUGUUCUCCGAGCAGCGGGAGGUCUACCUGAAGACGGCCAAGCAGAUCAUCGACGUGUCGGUGAGGUACGCGGACGCAGAGCCGGACAAGAACAUGCGAGCCGCCUUCCUGCUCGGCGGGGCCGGUAUAUACGCGGUGGCCGCGAUGAUAUACAAGUCCUUGGGCUUGGCCGAUUUCGUGAAGCCGCUGAGCAAGUUUCGGAGUCUGUGGGAGGUGUGUGCGCCCAUCAAUUUCCUGGAGUGCGGCUCCGAUGAGCUGUUCGUGGGGCGGGCGGGCUACCUGUGCGCCGCCCUGGUCCUGAAACAGAAGCUGGGCAUCGAGAUUCUAAGCAAAGAUCAGAUCAAAUAUAUUUGCCAGGCUAUCAUUGAGUCAGGAAAGCAGUACGCCAGGAGGAAGAGAAAGCCUUUCCCGCUAAUGUAUUCAUACUAUGGAACAGAAUACCUCGGUGCAGCCCAUGGCCUAUCUUCAGUGCUGCAGAUGCUGCUAAGCUACCAGGAUAUGCUCAGUGGGGCGGAGAAGGACCUGGUGUGGCAGAGCGUUGAUUUCCUAAUGAGCCAGGAACAGAAUUGCAACUGGCCGGCAGAGCUUGGGGCCAUCAUCGAGAGAGAAAACGAGCUGGUGCACUGGUGCCACGGAGCGCCGGGUGUGGCGUAUCUCUUUGCAAAAGCCUAUCUGAUCAAUAAGAAGCCACAGUAUCUGGACACGUGCAUCCGAAGUGGGGAGCUGGUCUGGCAGAAAGGCCUGCUAAAGAAAGGACCUGGCAUUUGUCACGGGGUUGCAGGCAGCGCUUAUGUCUUUCUGCUACUUUAUCGUCUCACAGGCAAUUCGAAAUACCUCUACCGUGCACAAAGGUUUGCAGAGUUCAUCUUCACUGAGGAGUUUAAAGCAGGCUCGCUCUCUGUCACCAGCAUCUACAGUCUGUUCGAGGGCCUCUCUGGGACUGUUUGUUUCCUGGUCGACCUCCUACAACCAGACCAGUCAGAGUUCCCUCUGUUCAGUGUCUUUGUGUGAAUAGAACCAGCUUGGCAAUGUCUCCUGAACCUGAACAGAGGUUAUGAUUGUUACCCUAAAAUUCUUCAAGAUAGAAUGAAAGAGACUGUAAAACAAGGAUAGAUGCUGUGAUUGCUACAGUAGAUAAGUGUGUUAAAAUAAACCAGCCAGUCACAGUAGAUAAAGAAUGGUCUUGUUUUGUUUGGAUUAACACCCUUCAGGUUUAUCAGAUUUGCUGUUUCCCUGUAACAGAAUCCGUCUCACUUAAGCAAGCUAAUAUGAAUGUUUAUAGAGACUUCAACCUAAGUUACAUAUUAAUAAAUCUGCUUCUGAUUUCACAUAUCGCCAAAGUUGAAUAGAAAAUAAUUAAAAUUGUUUCAAAUUUAAAGGUAUAAUGGAAGAUUUUGCUAAUUUUUUAAAAGACCCGCCCUCUCCACUCAAAAGAAA